CCGACCUCGAAAUGGAUGAAAUCGGCAUAGAAAUACAGAAACAGGAACCGACAUUUGAAUCCGUCAUAACCGAGAAGACAGCUCUUUUCCAAGGAUUGCAGGAAGAAGAUCUGUACACUAAGUACAAGAAACUUUCGCGCCAUUUAGAACUUUUGGAGAUACAGGAGAGCUACAUAAAGGAUGAGCAGGCCAACCUGAAGCGCGAAUUGAUACGGGCACAAGAGGAAGUGAAACGCAUUCAGUCUGUGCCGCUAGUAAUUGGGCAAUUCUUGGAAGCCAUAGACCAACAUACCGGAAUUGUUGGGUCAACGACGGGAUCGAAUUAUGUCGUCCGGAUACUCUCCACACUUGAUCGUGAAUUGCUCAAACCAUCUUCCUCUGUAGCCCUCCACCGUCACUCCAACGCCCUAGUCGACAUCCUCCCCCCAGAGGCAGAUUCCUCGAUUUCGAUGCUAGGACAAGAAGAAAAGCCCGACGUGUCGUACCAGGAUGUUGGCGGAAUGGAUGCUCAGAAGCAGGAGAUUAGGGAGGCCGUAGAAUUACCUCUGACACAUUUCGACCUGUACAAGAAAAUCGGUAUAGAUCCACCCCGUGGUGUGCUGUUAUAUGGUCCUCCAGGGACUGGUAAAACAAUGCUCGUUAAAGCUGUCGCACACCACACCACCGCUUCUUUCAUCCGUGUCGUUGGGAGCGAAUUCGUACAGAAGUAUCUGGGAGAGGGACCUCGGAUGGUUAGAGAUGUGUUCCGUCUAGCUCGGGAGAAUUCACCUGCCAUCAUCUUCAUUGACGAAAUUGACGCCAUCGCCACGAAACGGUUCGAUGCACAAACAGGUGCCGAUCGCGAAGUUCAGCGUAUCUUACUGGAACUGCUCAAUCAAAUGGAUGGAUUUGAUCAAGGAAGUAAUGUUAAGGUGAUAAUGGCCACUAAUCGUGCAGAUACCCUUGAUCCUGCCUUGCUUCGUCCUGGAAGAUUAGACCGAAAAAUAGAAUUUCCUCUUCCUUCUAGACGAGAAAAACGACUCAUUUUCCAGACUGUCACCAGUAAAAUGAACCUCGGACCCGACGUCGACUUGGAAGAUUAUGUUUCCAGACCUGAUAGACUGUCCUCGGCCGACAUAGCCUCUAUAGUACAAGCUGCUGGCCUGCAAGCUGUACGUAAGAAUCGGUACGUCAUACUGCCUGUUGACUUUGAGGAAGCGUGGAAACAAACGGUGAAGCGGUCAGACGAGACACACGAAUUUUACCGAUAGAUUUGUCACGUCCUUGCCGAACGACGCGUCUCUCAAUAUACUCUUAUUCCACCUAUGGUUCAGAUCAGUACGAAUUUUAUGCUCUGUUCACUUUGUCGUCUUUUUGCUUUAUCACGAAGAGGCGUCCAUUCUUAUGAGCAACAUUAAAAGUUUCCCUCGCAUUAAUAAUCAUGUUGGGAGUCGCUUCUGCAAUUCUAACGUUUGCGUGGAAACACACUUCUCCCAUCUUCUAUUGGUAUGUUGUCCUAGCUUGUACUCAUCGCCUAAUGAAACGUUGUUUGUUUGCUCA